GCCUACUUGAAUCUGGCUCAAAACAAACUGGACCGCUUCUCUAGGGAGCCAGGUCGUGUCUCGAAUCGUGAAAUCAAGCGUCUUGUUGCCAGUGUUGUUUACUGCCUCAAUCUGGUUGCCUUGCAGUAUUUGACACCCUGCGUCCUACUUAUCUUUCUCGUGUGCCUGUACAAAAGCCUCUCUGGCCUCACCUGGCUGUCCGUGGCCCCAGAUGCCAUCCAGGCAUCCCAAAGCACUAUAGGCAGCCCCUCAAUGGAACCCUUUAGCCUCUCCACAAUUCUCGGUUCUCGUUUUUCCUCUGAUCCAACCGAAUUAAUCAAAUCAACUGACCCGCCUGCUCCAGGCGUUGCCGACUCACUUCUUCAAAAACUCGGCGAACAAACGAGAUCAGCAGACACCUCAACUGCACUCCUGGAUACUCUUUUCACUUGGCUAGAUGGCCUCGCUGCAAUACGGCAGACGUUCACCGGAGUCGUUGGGGAGUUAUCUGCUCGUGGUGUCUUCGUCUGUCGGGGGGUUCUUGGAUUUGCGGUGUUCUGGUGUUUGGCUGCCUGGCAGAUAAUCAGCCUUAUAGGACUCGCUUACUAUCGCUUCAUCCUUGACUAA